AUGGAUGAAGAGUACGAGGUUAUUGUUCUCGGCACCGGUCUCAAGGAGUGUAUCCUUAGCGGUCUCCUUUCCGUCGAUGGUGUCAAGGUGCUUCACAUGGACAGGAAUGAUUACUAUGGUGGAGAAUCAACAUCGCUGAAUCUCAAUCAGCUUUGGAAGAAGUUCAAGGGAGAAGAGAAGGCUCCUGAGCAUUUAGGCGCUAGCAGGGACUACAAUGUUGACAUGAUGCCUAAGUUUAUGAUGGGAAAUGGCAAGCUUGUUCGUGUCCUUAUUCAUACAGAUGUGACUAAGUAUCUGUCCUUCAAAGCCGUUGAUGGAAGCUAUGUUUUCGUUAAAGGCAAGGUUCAAAAGGUGCCAGUUACUCCAAUGGAGGCCCUGAAGUCUCCUCUCAUGGGCAUAUUUGAGAAACGUCGAGCUGGAAAGUUUUUCAGCUAUGUUCAGGAUUACGACGAGAAGGACCCGAAAACACAUAACGGAAUGGAUUUGACCAAACUUACGACUAAGGAACUGAUUGCGAAAUUUGGUCUUGAUGACAACACUAUUGACUUUAUUGGUCACGCAGUGGCACUUCACACAAAUGACCAACAUCUUAACCAACCCGCCUUGGAUACUGUUAUGAGGAUGAAGCUCUAUGCGGAAUCUCUUGCACGUUUCCAAGGAAGCUCUCCCUACAUUUAUCCUCUCUACGGGUUGGGAGAACUACCCCAGGCAUUUGCACGUCUCAGUGCUGUCUAUGGUGGCACAUAUAUGCUGAACAAACCUGAGUGCAAGGUAGAGUUUGACGAGGAAGGUAAGGUUAUUGGUGUAACAUCUGAGGGAGAGACUGCCAAAUGCAAGAAGAUUGUGUGUGACCCUUCCUACCUCCCAGGCAAGGUUAGGAAGAUUGGCACGGUUGCUCGGGCCAUUGCCAUUAUGAGCCACCCAAUUCCAAACACCAAUGACUCUCACUCAGUUCAGGUCAUCAUACCUCAGAAGCAAUUGGCUCGCAAAUCAGACAUGUAUGUGUUCUGCUGCUCGUACUCCCACAACGUUGCUCCCAAGGGAAAAUUCAUUGCAUUUGUGUCUACGGAUGCAGAGACUGAUAACCCUCAGACCGAAUUGAAGGCAGGAAUUGAUCUUUUGGGUGCUGUUGAUGAAAUAUUCUUCGACAUGUAUGACAGAUAUGAGCCUGUCAACGAGCCUGCUUUGGACAACUGCUUUAUAUCAACGAGCUAUGAUGCUACAACACACUUCGAGACAACCGUUGCCGACGUGUUGAACAUGUACACCCUUAUCACCGGAAAGGAACUGGACUUAAGUGUUGAUCUGAGUGCUGCAAGUGCUGCGGAGGAAUGA